AUGAGUUUGCGAAACUCGGCUGAGAUUGAGCAAAUGAACAAGAAUAGUUCAGGUAUACUCAUUUAAAUAUAAGGUCUUAUCAACCCCCUGUCAUUAAAUGAUUCAAACUGAUUUCUGACUUUUUUGAAUUAUGAAAAAUUGUCCUACUGUAGCAAAAAUUAUAUAUAAUUUUUCAGAAAUGAAUUUUUUUGUGGGCGGCAUUUUGGAUUAACAUUUGGUCAGUUCUGUAGAUGAGUAUCAAAUCCUAUUUACUUGAAAAAAGGAAAAAAUAAAUAAAUUUUUCUUUGUUCCUGGAUUUCUUCACAUAUGUACAAAUAGAUAUAGAUUAGUAAUACAACUAGUUUGUCUUCUGGAAGAAUAAUAACCUUGAAAAACUGUUUUUGAAAAUGAAAAUAUUCACACACUGGAUGAAAACUAAAUAAAUAAGUAUUUUUUCACACAGUUAUUUCUUAAGAUGUACUUUUUUGUUAUUAUUUUUCUAAAUUUUCUAGCUCAAAUAAUCACAGGUUAGUAGUGUUAACAUGAAAAAAUAACAAAUGAAAUCAUAUUUUUCUUCAGCUCAAAAAUGUCCAGUAAGCCAAUUUAUAGAUGCAGCCAUGUUCAGUCAGGAUUUAGUGAAAAUGAGAAGUAGGUUUAUGUCAGAUUGUUUUCUGACUCAUUGUUCCUAAUCAUAGAUGUUUUGGUAAAAACAGAUUUAGAAAAAAAAUGAACAAAAAAGAUGAUGUAAGGAAGAAAUAAGAAAAGAAUCUUACAAAAAAAAGUAACAACAACAAUAAUAUUUCAGCACGUUCUCAAAUUUUCGAGCUUCUCAAAUUUCGUAUUGUUCUUUCUUCCUACGCUGGAAAAGAACAAUGAAAAAUAAAUAAGAUUUUUGGAAAGUUCAUGAUCAUGAUGAUUUCGAAAUUUUGUUUUUUUUUGUGAAUUUUUCAACAUGAUAAAAAUUAGGGAUUGGGGCUUGAGUUCAAAAAAUGGAAGUGUUUCAACUUCUAGUAGUUUUUGAGCCGCUGAAACACAUCUCCUGACAUGAGUUAUGACGUGUCCAAUUACCAGAAUUUCAAAAAAAAUAAUUGAUGAAUUUUUUGUUAGGAGUUGAAUUUUUGAAAUUUAAGACUACGAAAUCGUGAUCAGAGGGGUGAAAACUACUAGAAAAAAUAUAUUUCGUAGUCUUAAAUUUCAGAAUUUUUAAAAAAAAUCUAGAGUGAAAAAACAGUUUUGACUCAGAUGUCGAGAAGGGAAAAAAUCCCAUAGAAAUAUUUCAAAACUAUGUAUGAAUCAUUUUCAGGAAACAAUACAAAAUACUACUCUAGAUAAUAACAGAUUCCCAUUUUUCUCCGAUCAUAGAACAAAAUGACUAAUCUACUAAACUCAAUUAUGUACGCAAAAUUUCAAGUUCUCAUUUUUUUCAAACAUCAGAUUUUGAUUUGAAAUUAUGGAAAAGACUAGAAAUGUGAAGUGUUCUUCGAUUAUUCAUGUUUUUGUUUUUGUUCGAAAAUAUGGGGUUUCAUAGGCUAUGUAGACAUCAACAGAAUAAUCUGACGUUUUUAGAAGAAAAAAAAAACAUUGAUGAUAAAAAUAAAGGGGGUAUGGAAUUACUUUGGAAUUGUCAGGAAUCAGGUGAUUUCAAAAACUAUAAUUUCGUAAAGUUCAUGACAAAAAUUAAAGGUAUUUUCUGUUUUUUUUUUCGAAAUCAACUGAUGAAAAUGAAGACUUACAAAUUCAGAAAUCUGUGAAACCUCGAAAAUAGAUAUCAAGAACCAUGAGGUUUUUCUGGAAUUUUGUAAGAUCACUCUGAAAAUUUGAUUUUCUUGAUUUCAGGAGAACAUUUUGCAUUUUCAUUUCUGAAAAGAAAUUUUCACCUGACGAAUAUUGCAGCAAGCUAAACGUUUAGAGAACGCACGAACGCCGAAAAUUUUUGUAAAAAUAAAGUCAAAUAUUUUCUUAAGAGCAUAGAUUUGGAUGAAAAACUAACAACAAAAACAACCUUGUGCAAUAAAGUGGAAAAAUUUCCAGAAAAAAAAACACAAAAACCUUUCAAGACCACCAAGAUAGAAAACACAAUUUUGUGAUUUGUAGAAUUCCUGGGUGGACAUGCGGACAUCGAUAUUUUAUUCCCAUUUUACAAAGAGGGCUCAGCUAUUGGAAACGUUGUAGUUCAGUAUCAAUGCGAUCUAGAAUGCUAUGAUUUCGAUUCAUUUUUCACGAAACCAUGCAGGUGAAAAUUUCCAUUCAAAAAUAAAUCAGCAAGGUGGUUUUUGCAGAUGGCAUAAUGAGAAAAAUGGGUGUGAUGGAGUGCACGAUGAAUUGGAUUGGAUUCGUAUGAGAGGCGCUUGGGGAAAACCGGGAGAUGAUGUUUUCAUGAAAACUGAUCGACCAGGUGGGAUUUUUGAAUUAAUUCUUACAAGGAAACUGUUUUCUAGAUUUAAAAAAUAUAUGAUUUUAGUCAUCUAAAAUUGCAGAACUCAACUCCUAACAUGACUGUCAAAAUUUGAAAAUUUCGAGAUUUUGGAAACUAUCUUUAAAAUAAUUUUCAAGAAAAUCAUCUUUGAAGAUAGUUUUCAGCUCCAAAAAUCCCGAAAUUUUCAAAAUUUGACACCUCAUAACUCAUGUUAAGAGUUGAGUUCUGCAAUUUAAGACGACGAAAUCGUGAUGAGCGUGUUGAAAACUACUAGAAAACAUAUAUUUUGUGAAUCUAUAGAGAAAUUAAAUCAAUUCUAACGUAUGAUUUUCAAUUUAAAAAUUCACGAAAAAAAAGUUUUACAUACUACGUACAUGAGAAAAUUAUUCAUCCGAACAAGGAAUCUAAAAAUGUGAGAAAAAUAACUAUUUUAUUGAAUUAGUUCCAGAUAAUAUUAUAUUUUUAGAAAAAGAUUUCUGACAAUUUGAGUUACACAGGAUCAGGUACAAAACUGAAUAACACAAAUCUUGGAAAUUUGUAGUAAAUAACACAUUGGUUUUCAGAAAUCAGAAAAAAAAUGAUUUCUGGUCAAAACUAUGGAAAUAAUACAUAUAAAUUGUUAGAUUUAUUCAACUCAAAAUUCAAAAAAUUGUUUCUGAAACUCGAAAAGAAAUCAGUCAAGCGUUUUGUUUUGACCAAAAUCAUUGCAAUUUUGAAGUGAGCUGUCAUAUUUCUCAAUUAAAAAUACAUUUAACAAAAUUCAAGAUCUCUGAACCAAAUUUAAAGAACUGAAACGAAAAAAAACUCAUAGGAAGUUCUUCAUAAGUUUCAAGAAAAAUAAAACUUCCUGGUUUUGAUUUUCAAAUCUGAUCUGAUAUCACAAAAAUUCCAACUAUGUGCUCUGAACCUGCUAGACAUGACAUGACAUUUCCAAAAUUUUCAGCUGUUUUCAAAAAAACUGAUUUUUUGAACUUACAGAUGGCUUCUACCUCUUCGUUGGAAUUCAAACAAAAUUACCAGAAAUGUAUUCGGCAAUGUUAGUCAGCGAUCCAAUUCAAUGUCAGGAAGGAGAUGGAGUCCUCAAGUUCAAAUUCUGGACUUCUCCGGGCGUUAAAAUACGCGUAUGUACCAGGUAAUCAAGUUACAGAAACUCUAGAGUACCUCUUGAGACUCAAGCUAGAAAAUCAAGUGGAAAUGUAACUUGAGAAUGGUUUUUUGGUCAAAAAAAAAUUCCAGAUUUCCAUCAAUGGGAAAGAGAUAUAACUGGUGUUCAGAGCCAGUAAAAAGGAACAGCACAAAAUUGGCAAAUGUUCAGAUUCCGGGAAGUCUUCUAAACAUGUUUGAGGUAGGAAAUGCAAUUUUUCUCAUAUUUUUUGAAGCGAAUGAUCUUUUUAUUAAUUCAUUCAAAGAGCGAGACCAAAAAAGCAACUAUUUGGGUUCUUCAAAAUUCAUUAAAAAAUUAUUUCUGCAGAAAUGGGAAUAAUAUAUAAUAACAUCUAGGAAAAAACAAGUUCAAACUACUAAAUUAUUCUCUAAUGACGAAUUUUUUCUGCGCAUUUCACACGUAGUUUCAGAAAAGCAUGAAAUGCAGACUUUCGGAGUUUAAAAAUUCAUGAAUUUAACAUUUUCAAGACAAAGAAAGAGAAUAACAGAAAAAAAAUCAUGGAGGGAUAAAAAACCAAAAAAAAAAGAAAAGAAAUGAAAAAUAAAUUAACAAUCAAGGGUUAUUUCAGAUUGUUAUUGAGGCGUAUUCAUUCAGUUUGGAUGCUUUUUGGAGUUCAAGGCGGAGCAGCUGCCAUUGAUGACAUCUCAUACAAUUCGACGUCGAUUUAUAAUUGUCAGAUGAGUGAGUAGACCACCAAGGGAGAUAUUUUAUGAAAAGACCACCCAAGAAGUAUACGUUUCUAAUAGAAACAUCUGUUAAGACGAUUUUUCAAAUGGGAAAAUGAAUUAAUUUUGAUUAGCUACAAAAAAAUGUAGACCACCCACGAAGGCAAAAUGUUCGUUGAAUAUUUGCACCGAAGAUUUUAGACCACCCAAGAAGUUUUUGUACAAAAAAACUAGAUAGGAAUUUUCCUGGAUGAAUAAUAACCUAAUUCAAAUGACUUCAAAGACCACCCAGGAAGUUUUUAUUUACACAAUAACAUAUCUCAUCCAAGCGCUCACAGAGAUCAUUUUUUUUGCUGAAAUUAAUAUGCUAUAAUUUUCUCCCCUUUUCCAGUUCCGCAUUUUGAGAAACCAAUCAACGUCACAGAAAAAGUGUGUCGAGCAAUGUAUUGUGAUUUUGAUAUUGGAGAUUGCACGGGAAAAUUGUCGAAAAAAUGGGAGAUUUCGGAUGAAAUUAUUGGCCCCAAAUCUUCUGGAAUUUCUGAACUUUUGGGUAUGUUAGUCAAAUAUUUUUGAUCCGGCUUAAAAGUGCGAACACAAAGAUUGACAUCUGACAAAUCUGCACUUUUGAAAAAGCCUUUUCUCAUGAUUUUUCUGUUGCAGAAGGAAGCUUUGGUUAUGUGAAGGGCCCAGGAGAUGCAACAUUGAGUUUAGGAAAACUUCAAAUUCCAAGAACUUAUGGACUUCAAUUUUGCUAUUUUUCCGCUAGUCUUGGAACAAGGUUCAAAGUUGUUGAAGUUGAAGAAAGUUCCAAAGAACGUAUAAUGUACGUUUUGGUUUGA